AAAAUUCAUAUUACAAUCAGCUGUUUGUAAAUGUAAUUAAAUUUAAUUUUUGAUACGGUUUAUGAUAAUUUCACUUUAUCGAAUCUCUUUUAUUAUGUAAACAUACAUUGUUGUGAAAUAUCACUUGCUCAGCACAUACCGAUUUAUGGCCAGGCAAUAAGAAUUGUUAUUUGUCAUUGUUCAAAUUUUAUUGGAAGAGGAGAGUCCAAUAAAAUGGGUUUUAUAAACUUGAUAUUUCUUGCGUCCAUAAUUUCAGCAGGUUUAACUGCUGAAUUGCCCGUUUGGAGUUCUACGUAUUCCGUUAAAGGAGUUUUGGCGAUUCCUUAUGCUGAAAUUGUGGAGCCCUUUUCUGCUUGGUACGAUGGUCCUUCGAAACAAUCCCGUAUCGACUACUACGGGGACAUGGUGAAAACGUACCAAUUAGCAGGUGCUGAUUACGGUACAAGUUUGAAAAUAGCACCGAUCACAACUGAAUCGGAGAAUAAUGUCAGGACUUGUCUGCAAGUUAACGGCUCCGAGGAAAAUCCUAUCGCUACUCAAACAGUAUUACCCGAUCUUACUGGAUUCACGCUAGCCGGCAAGGAAGUGAUCGACGGACAAGAGACCGAAAAAUGGACGUUGAACCAAACCAUCGGGAACAAACUGAACAAAUACAGCCUUUGGAUAUUUUACAAACCGAAUCCUAACCAGCUCGAUUCCCAAAUAGCUGUACCAUUGAGAUACGAAAUGAGAGGUUUCAAUUCAUUAUUGGGAAGCCAUUACGAUCACUAUUACCUAGAAUAUAUUUCUUACGAUGUGGAUUCCAUUCCAGAAGAAACCUUCAAGAUUGAUCCCAACAUGAAGUGCAGUUCGUUCCCCGGACCGGGCGACAAGCACAUUUACACCUUCAAUCCCAUGGCGGAAUUCAUCAAGCCUGAGUACACCGGUCACCUGGAUUUCGAAUUCGACAAGUUCACCAACAAGCACCGAAAGCAAUACGAUAAUGAGGAGGAGCACGAUUUUCGCAAGGGACUCUUCCGGCAGAACAUCAGGUUCAUCCACGCGCACAACAGACAAAAUAAAGGUUACACUCUAACGGUGAAUCAUUUGGCCGACAAGUCUCCGUUAGAGCUGAAGGCUCUGCGCGGUAAAACGUAUUCCGGAGUUUAUAACGGCGGUAAACCGUUCCCUUACAAGGAUAUCGAUAGUUUCAGUGAAAAUUUACCCGAUCAGUGGGAUUGGAGAAUUUACGGUGCUGUUACGCCGGUCAAAGAUCAGUCUGUAUGCGGUUCCUGUUGGUCAUUUGGUACGAUCGGAACUAUAGAGGGAGCGAAUUUCCUGAAAACCGGGCAACUCAUGAGAUUAUCUCAACAGGCUCUUAUCGAUUGCUCUUGGGGGUACGGAAAUAACGGAUGCGAUGGAGGUGAAGACUUCAGAGCGUAUCAAUGGAUGCUUAAACACGGAGGUGUACCGACAGAAGAGGAUUAUGGACCGUAUUUAGGCCAGGACGGAUAUUGUCAUGCCGGUAAAGUACCCAAAGUUGCUAAAAUCACGGGCUGGGUAAACGUAACAAGCAACAAUGAGAACGCCUUGAGAUUGGCUAUCUUCAAACACGGGCCUAUUAGUGUUGCUAUAGACGCCGGUCACAGAACCUUCAGUUUCUACUCCAAUGGAGUUUACUACGAACCUAAAUGCGGUAAUAAGGAAGACGAGCUGGAUCAUGCUGUAUUGGCCGUCGGUUAUGGAACUCUAGGGGGACAAGAUUAUUGGCUGGUCAAAAACAGUUGGUCGAACUACUGGGGUAACGACGGGUACGUUUUAAUGUCCGCUAAAAAUAAUAAUUGCGGCGUCAUGACGACCCCAACGUACGUUACAAUGUAGAUUAACCGUUUAUUUUUUUUACUGCUUUAUGACUCUCUAUUAGUAUUAAGAGCCAAUUGAGAUCUGUACUUUUAAUAAUAAAUGCGUUGUUUUUAGUUUA